AUGCCCGUCCCCGUGGCCAAAGACUACCCACAGCUGGCGGCUGGUCCCGUUGGCAAGCAGAUCCACAGCAUCUACCAGAGCCGAUUGAGGCAGUUCCUCGAUGCAGGACAGUACAGGGAACAGAGUCUUAUUGGCAAGCUCACCGAAGCUGUCGCGUCCGGAACCGACUGGGUGAAGCUCUCCGUCUACUCACCCCCGAACCUCUCGCGCCCGCUCUUUAAGGAAGCCACCUCCCAUGCCUUCCACCCCACCAAAGUCGGCGAGUCAUUUGGCCCCAGUUGGUCGACCCACUGGUUCAAGGUCCAGCUCACGGUGCCCAAGCACAUGCUCGACAAGGAACAUCUCGACUUCGUCUGGGAUGCAAACAAUGAGGGCCUGAUCUGGACCGAAGAUGGACACACUGUCCAUGGACUGACAGGUGGAGGUGAACGCACACAAUGGAUCCUGCCCAAGGAGUUUAGAGACGGCAAAGAACAUACCUUCUACAUCGAGAUGGCCUGCAACGGCAUGUUCGGCAAUGCUCCCGGCGGCGACUCGAUUCAGCCACCAGACCCAGACAGGUACUAUACGCUGCACACUGCUGAGGUUCAGGCGGUCAACCUGGAGGCGAGAGGGCUAUACUUUGACUUCUGGGAGAUUGGAGAUGCCGCUCGCGAGUUCCCUGGGGACUCGACGCAAGCCCAUGAUGCCCAGCAGGUCGGCAACCGCAUCAUCGACACUUUCAUUGCGGGCAAUGGAAGCCAAGAGAGCAUCAAAGCAUGCCGCAAGAUUGCGGCUGAGUACGUCGGCAAGGACGUAGACUCGCACAAAGUAUACGAGACCGACCAGGAGGCUAUCGUACACGGUAUCGGCUACUGCCACAUCGACACGUGUUGGCUCUGGCCAUUCGACGAGACCAAGCGCAAGGUCAACCGAUCCUGGUCGAACCAGUGCGACCUCAUCGAGCGAUACCCCGAGCUUCGCUUCUGCUGCUCGCAAGCGCAGCAAUACAAGUGGCUUGAGCAGUACUACCCUUCCACAUUCGAUCGCGUCAAGAAGAAGGUCAAGGAAGGCAGCUUCCAGCCCAUCGGUGGUAGUUGGGUCGAGCAUGACACCAACCUUCCCGGCGGAGAGUCACUCAUCAGGCAAUUCCUGUACGGUCAGCGCUACUUCGAGAGCAAGUUUGGCCAGCGGUGUCGCACUUUCUGGCUGCCCGACACUUUCGGAUACUCGACGCAAUUACCACAGAUCUGUCGCAUUUCGGGUAUGACCAGAUUCCUGACUCAGAAGUUGAGCUGGAACAACAUCAACAACUUCCCACAUACGACAUUCAACUGGGUCGCGUUGGACAACAGCCAGGUCAUCUGCCACAUGCCGCCAUCUGAGACGUACACGUGCGAAGCGAACUUCGGUGACGUCAAGCGCAGCGUCACACAGCACAAGUCGCUCGACCAAGACAAGUCAUCGCUGAUUGUCUUCGGCAAAGGAGAUGGAGGCGGUGGUCCGACAUGGCAGCACCUUGAGAAACUCAGGCGAUGCCGUGGUAUCAGCGACACUGCUGGCUUGUUGCCUCGCGUCAAGCUAGGCGACUCAGCAGACGACUUCUUCGACCGCCUGGAGAAAAAGGUCGAGAAUGGUACUGAGCUCGUGACAUGGUAUGGCGAGCUGUACUUCGAGCUCCACCGUGGUACAUACACUACGCAAUCGAACAACAAGCGCAAUAACAGGAAGUCGGAAAUAAUGCUGAGGGACAUUGAGUACCUGGCGACUUUGGCGACCAUCAAGAACGGCUUCGGCAAGAAGAGCUCGUACAAGUACCCGAAGAAGGACAUUGAUGACAUGUGGGAGAACGUGCUCUUGUGUCAAUUCCACGACUGUCUACCUGGAAGUUCUAUCGAGAUGUGCUACGACGACUCCGAUCGGAUUUACGCCGAAGUGUUUGCUACUGGAGAGAGGCUGCUUUCCGACGCCCUUGCUGAACUUGGCUUUAACGAUGAGACUAGCUGGGAUCAAGACACCAAGCUAUUCGCGAUAAACACCUUACCAUGGAGCCGUACCGAAAUCAUCAAGUUGCCGAGUGAGGCAAGUCGAACGAAGUAUAGUCCCCCAGGGGCAGAGUACGGUCUUGCUCAUCGUAACGGAUCUCAGAAGGGUUUGGGCGCUCUCGACGUGUUCCCACUCCACUCUGCGUACCCUGCCCAGAAGGCGACUAUUGAGGAGAUCCAUCCCAAUGUUUACGAACUCCGCAACUCGCAAUUCGUUGUACAGGUCAACAACGGUGCCAUCACCUCACUCUUCGACAUUGCCGCUGAUCGCGAACUGAUCCCGAAGGGUGCCAAAGCCGGUCAGCUUGUAAUUUACGACGACAAGCCACUUUACUGGCAAGCUUGGGACGUUGAAGUCUACCACCUCCAGUCCCGCCAGGAACUCGAGCCCAGCAAGGUGACCAUUGCGGAGAACAGCGUUCACCGUGUGAGCCUGGUGAUUGAGACGAAGGUCUCAGACAAGUCGUGGGUCAAGACGACCAUGAGUCUACCUGCAGCCGUAGGAAACACACCCAGUGCUAUCGAGUUUGACGCAGAGAUCGAAUGGCACGAGACAAUGAGGUUCCUCAAGGUCGAAUUCCCAGUCGACAUUGUGAACACAGAAGCCAGUUACGAGACGCAGUUCGGCAUUGUGCGCCGUCCUACCCACUACAACACCACAUGGGACAUGGCCAAAUUCGAAGUCUGCUGUCACAAGUGGGCCGAUCUCUCCGAGGCUACCUACGGUGUCUCGAUCCUGAACGACAGCAAGUACGGUUUCGCAGUCGCCGGAAACGUCAUGCGUCUCUCCCUUCUCCGCUCUCCCAAAGCCCCCGACGCCCACGCCGACAUGGGAAGCCACAAGACUCGCUACGCCAUCUUCCCCCACAAGGGCGGUCUGGACGAACGCACAGUGCGCAAGGCUUUUGAGUUCAACAACCCACUCAAGAUUGUUGGGCGCCAGGGCCUGCACGCCCCGCCAUCCUCCAUGCACAGUGGUCUUCUGAACCCCUUCCACAUCUACGGCGCACCCAACCUCGUGCUCGACACCAUCAAGCGCGGUGAAGACGACGAGGAUGUCAGCCGUGGCGAACUGCCCAUCAAGAAGGGCCAUUCGAUUAUCCUACGCAUCUACGACAGUCUGGGUGGAAAGAGCAAGGGCGUGCUUACCUGGGGUGAUGUCGAUGUGAAGAAGGUGAUCAAGGUCAAUGCGUUGGAGGACGAAGAGGGUGAGCCGCUGGAUAUAAGUGACAUGAGGGUAGGAGCCGAAGAAGUGAAGGAGAAGGGUGUGCCAAUCGAGAUUCGCGCAUUUGAAGUGGCGAGUUACAAGCUGUUGUUGGCAUAG